CGUCGCCGCAGCACUCCUCUACUUCUCGCGCCGCCGCCGCCACAGGCCUUCCUCGCUGUCGCCGGUUCUUCCUCUCCCAUCGAAGAACUCUCACCACGCUGCACAGGUCUUCUCACCUUGUGCCUGCGUGACUCUCUGCGCCUCCAGGCUCGUCGGACGUCCCGCCACCACCGCCGUCCCUCCCGCCGGCCACCGCUGUCCCUCGCGCCUUCAACCGCACGCCCACCCGUCGCUUCCAGCCCUUGUUGUUGGCAGCAGACCCGCGUGCCCAGCCGGAUCCGAUCCAGGAUCCAAGUUCCUUUUUUUAUUAUUAUUUUAUUUCUUCCCGGUUCGCCAGGAUCCAACUCGCCCGGACCGGACCGGUUCCAGCCAACCCGUUUCUAUGGCUACCUCCGACUCGACAACUGGCUCUCCAACCGGCGACACCACUACGGUUCCUACGCCCACUGCCACACCUACGGCCCCUUCGUCCCCCACUGUCAAGCCCGAGUUUCAUCCGGCCCUUGCUGUUACUAACAUCAAAAACAACAUUCCUUUCAAACUCGAGCUCGACAAGGACCACUAUGCUCUGUGGGCUGAAUUGUUUGAAACUCAUGCUCACGCCACUCAGGUGCUCCACCACAUCAUUCCACAAGCUGGUUUGGAGCCUCCUGCGCGCACCGAUGCUUCCUAUGCUCGGUGGGCUACUCUUGACUCUACUGUCAAGCAGUGGAUUUAUUCCACCAUCUCCUUUGAUCUUCUCUCCACUGUUAUGGAAAAAGGUUCUACUGCUAUGGCUACUUGGAACCGUAUCGCUUCUAUGUUUGAGGACAAUCAGAACUCUCGUGCUGUCGCUCUCGACCAGGAUUUCAUCUCCACACGCAUGGAAGAUUUUCCUAAUGUUUCGGCCUAUUGUCAGCGUCUGAAACAUAUCUCUGAUCAGUUGCGCAAUGUUGGUGCCCCAGUCAGUGACCAUCGUCUUGUUCUUCAGUUGGUCUCUGGUCUCACUGAGCCUUUUCGUGGUGUUGCCACCCUGAUCCGUCAGAGCGAGCCUUUGCCUUCUUUCCUCAAGGUCCGCUCCAUGUUGAUUCUAGAGGAAUCUGGUCUCGCCAGGAUGUCCGGUCCGGCCUCUCAGACUGCUUUGCACACCUCUGCUUCCCGUCCACAGGCCUCCGUUGACUCCUCUCCGCAGCGCCCCACCUACCGCAGCGAUCAGGGCCACUCCAACCAUCGUUAUGGGUCAGGGCACACUCGCAAUUAUCAGGGUGGUUCUAGUAAACCUAAGAAGAAAGGUGGCUCCCGUUAUCCUGGAUCAUUUGGCUCCUCUGGUUCCUCUGCUGCAUCUCCUCCACCCUGGCGCCCACCACCGCAGGCAUCCUGGAAUCCCUGGGGUUGGGCUCCUCCCCCUGGUUGGGCUCCUUCCCCUUGGGGCAUGCCUCCUUGUCCUUACCCCACAUCUCAGUGGUCGCGUCCCAUGGGUGCUCCGCCGCAACCCGGCGUUUUAGGUCCGCGUCCUCAGGCCUACACCGCUACUGCUUCUCCAGCACCCACUGAUAUCGCUGCUGCCAUGCACACCAUGUCCUUGACUCCUACAGACACCACGUGGUACAUGGACACCGGCGCCUCGUCCCAUACUGCGGCAUCUCAAGGCAAACAUGUCCGGUUGCCUUUUCGUUCAUCUGAAACUAUUACUUUGAGACCAUUUGAUAUUUUGCAUAGUGAUUUAUGGACGUCUCCUGUUUUAAGUACUGCUGGUCAUCAUUCUCAACACAAUGUGAAACUUGACUAUUUUAAUGGCUUCCCAGAUUUUGUUGCUACCAGCUGUGGUGAUAAACUAACACUGACUUCAGUCAUGAGCAGGAAACUGAAGGAAAAUGGCAGAAGCAUGAUGAGAAGCAACAAUAAGGCUGAUAUGACUCUGGAUGAUUAUCAUCCAAUUACUCCAGUACCUGUACCAGCAGGGGGCGAGUCUUUCGUUCAUGCUCCUGUUCAGCAUGGAACUCCUCUUAAUCCAUAUAUACCAAAACCUCCACCUCCUAGUAAUCCUGAAUAG